AUGGAUUUCUCACCCACUUCCUUUAACCACUCUGCCGCCGGCCUUGGCAACAGUCCUAGCUUGUUCAGGGCCUCGGGUUUACGGACACUUACUUCCGCCCUUACAGUACAGGCUAUAGGCUCUCUAGAUGGCGAGGCUCUUGUUGAUCCUAUCGCUUAUGAUUUGAUGAACACGCCUGCAGGCCAUCUGGCCGAGUGCCGCUCCAUUACGCGACGUCAGCGUGCUUAUCGUACCUUCUUCACCUGUAUGGAAGUCAGGUAG